AUGACUCGAUUCAACUGGACUACACUCAGCGGCCAGUCAGAGGCUCCUGCCAGCAGCGAACCCACUGAACACAUCCAUCACCACCACGAGUCCAAGCUCAGCCAUGUAAUGGACUCGAUUCGACAUGCACUUGCGCAUGAACACGAGAAACUUCCUAGCGACAGCGCUGCUCGACAACAGCCUUCACAGCGACAAGAUGCAGCGGGCAGCACCAAUGGAUCGAUGAGUCCGGCUCUGCAGGCUGUGGCGUCGUCGAAGCUCAAUGAGAACAAUAUGGGCGAAGAUUCGCACCAGAGCGACAAGACCUGGGGUUGGCCCGGCCUAGGCACCUUCAAAACUCACGAUUCGACAACACCCCAGCGCUCAAAAUCACGGACGGCAUUGGCAGGAUCAGAAGGAUCAGAAGCGCAGAUCGAGGAGAAAGUAGAGGCAGCCACCUUCGAGGCCAUUGAUAAUGCGGCCGAGUCCGAAACAUAUGGGUGGCCGGGCCUGGGCACCUGGACGACAUCCCAAAGAAAAUGA